UCCGAAAAACAAAUUUUAAUAUUUGAAAUUAUUUAUUAUCAAAACAAGUGAAUAUUUUUUAUUAACGAAACAGAGUCUAUUCUGUGUAAAAAAAGGUGAAUUUGUUUUUCAUUGAUAAGGAUGGCCCAUAGACGGCCGAUAUCGUUAUUGAUUUCGCUGUUAUUUUUGGCAAUUGUAGCAACGAAAUCGUGCGCAAAUGCCCAAGAGAAUAAUAAUGAAUUGUUAAAAGAUGCAUUAGAAAUGAUUUAUCGCCGUCAAAAUAGUAUCGAGAAUAAUCCACAACCAGAUGAAACGGUUUUCUUGAAGAUGAAACCACAAGCUGUACAAGCGCAUAAUUAUGGCGGAAUUCCAUAUAUGGAUGCUGACGAGGAACAGCAACGAAAUGAUCCAAUUGACUUUGAACAAUAUCGACACAUGAUGGAUUCUUCGUCUGCGACAGAUGAUGAAAUCACACUUCCAUAUGAAGUAUUCUACAAUGAUAAUUCAUCACCCACAGCCGAUGAUAUGGAGCAGACACCAAAACCAUCGAAACGUAAACAUUCAGUGUUUCGUGAGCGCACAAACGAUGGAGAAAUCAUUUAUCCAAAAUAUAAUGAAAUACAUACCGAAGUACCAAUCCAAAAUAACGACAACUUAGAAAAUGAAUUAGACUACAUGAAUUUACUACAAGAAUACUGGCAACGAUAUCUGGCGCAGCGACAACAUCAUCGAGUACAACAAUACGAAGAUGCGACCCCAAGCAAACGAAAUGGUCACCUUCGAAUUCCCUACAAUAUUCAUUCUGAUAAUAUUGUAAUGAAAAAACGUUUUCCAGUCGCAAAACGUUCAUCAAACAUACCGAAAAAAACUGAUCCAAAAGUUGAACGUGAUUUAAGUAAUAUUUUUGGUGGGGGAAGCAGUAGCAGUACCAUUCAACCAGUUGAUGAAUCCAAAAAAACUAAAACACCCAAAAAAGUAACCAUCUCAAAUAAUAACAAAAAGAAUCAGACAAAAACAAAAUCUGAUAAUUUAAAUAUUAAAAAGAAGUCAAUCGAUUGGUCUAAUUAUUUCGGUAUCGAUAAGCGUAAGAAGAAAUCCACACCACAAAAUGAAUGGAUUAUCGAACAAUAUAAAAAUACUCUGAAACAAAUUAAUCAUAUUAACGAUGAAACAACACAUGAGCAAAAACAACGUCGUGAUGAUACAAAAUUAGAUGUCAUUAAGGAUAAAUUACGUAAUAUCGAAGAUAUGAUUAUCGAUGAAGCGUUAAAGUAUACAGGAGCACAUGAAGGUGCUGAUAUUGAUUCGAAGGAAAUUCAAGAAGUUAAGGAUAAAGUGAUGUCACGUUUAGCUGCUGUUUAUAGUUUGGAGAAAAUGCGACGUGCUUUGGGUGAAUUUAAGAAAAGUAUUGCUGAACAACGUCAGCAAUUGAAAGCGAAUCAAUUGAAUGGUGAUUUUGAAUUGUUGGAGACGGAUGAUUCUGAUUCGAAUUCUGAGAAUCAUGAGAACGAUAGUACAACUACAUCGGCUUCGUCAACCAGUAACGAGCAUGUGAAUCGAAUACCGAAUAAAAAGGAUGUAUUGUUACAUUCAAAUCAGAAUAAGGAUAACAAUAUCAUGAACCAACAAUCAGAUGAACAUAUCGAAGAUUGUGAUAUUUUAGAAGUAAUCCAAAGACAAUGCAGCCAUUUGGCAACAAAAGCUGGGGAGCAAUUAGUUCAACCACUUUGUAUGCUACAUCAAUUAUGUACAUUAUGUGGUAUUGAUGAAUCGAACGAUAGCCAACAGAAUGUAAUCGAGAAUUCCGAUUUAGGAUGCUAUUACAUGUAUGCAGCAGAAAGUGAACACGCAUGCGCUGGUGAAACACAAUGUCGACGUCGUGCAAAUUACGCGUUGAAUACAUUACGUGAUGUGCACACUCGACCAAUUUUCACAUCAGAUAUGUGCCCACAUAAUGCUGUUUGCAUUGAGAAUGUUUUGGAGACUGCAAAACGUCGAUUAUCAUUUUCGCCGUACAUCAUGAGCCGACGUAAUAUUUAGAUUUAAUUACGAAAUUUUAUUACCAAAAAAAAAAACAAAAA